GUUGCAUCCCUGUCAGUACUGGCUAGUAGCGUCCGACAUGCCGAUUUAACAAUCGCAUUGAUGAACUAUCGCCGACAUAGUUGUUUCAAUCGCAAUCAACGACUUUUGCCCACAGCCCUCCACUACUCCAAAGGCCUUCAUUGAGGCUACCCCCUUCAUGCUCCCCGUGAGCUGACGGUUCUCCUGCCCAUGUAGCACCAACAAUUGCGGACGAAAUGGAGCGGAAUGGAUCAGGAUCUCGGGCACUGUUCCCCAAGGGGCCCAGCUUCACCCUCGAAGACUUCUCCAACAAAGACUUCAUAGUGCGCGACUUUGUUGAUAGCCUUGCUGAUAAUGCUGUGCCUGUGAACCGUCGUUCAGGCCCAGCCCAGCAAGCCUUUGACCCGAAACCACUGAUCAGAUCCUUCGAGAAUGCGCUUCAAGGGCUGGGGAUGUUGUCGGAGGAACUUCAGCAAAAGGAGUCGGAGCUUAUGACCGAAGUCAGACGUGCAGAAAUUCAACACGACCAGACGCUUGAUACCCUCGGCCGGAAACUGGACCAGUCAAUAGAUUCAUUCGAAGCCCUCGAUCUGAGCCUCAACAAUCCCGAUGGAAAUGAUCGAGGCAGCCGCGGCGAAGUGGGUGGGAACAUUGCCGUCCAGAUUGGAGAGAAGUUGGAAGAGCUGGACCGGAAACGCAGGCGAGCUAUCGAUGCGAAUUUCUUGAUCCAAUGCUGGCUUGAGGUUAGUGAGACGGGCGAGCUCACCUCGCUGCAGGACAUACAAAGGCAAGGAGGGGCGGAGAAUAAGGUCAGGUGUGCAGUCAUUGCACACCAGUUAAUGCGGAUCAGCCAGCGCCUCGAUCUGGUGGCGUGGGGACCGAUAAACGGCCUUUACCGGAAUGGAAUCACGAACGGUGUUGCCGGUGCAACCCGGCCCACACACAACACAAGAGAAGUGCUCGAGAAGUUCUGUGAAACACUCGAGCAAGACCUGCUCAAGCAAUUCAACAAUAGCUACCGCAAGCAAAACUUUGAAGACAUGAUGGAGUGUUCCAAGGUCCUGCACGACUUCAACGGAGGCUCCAGCGUUAUUGCCGUGUUCGUUAACCAGCACCAGUUCUUCAUCGAUCGGGACCAGUUGAUAUCAGAAGAGGUCACCACUGAUGGCGAUGUUUGGGAGCAAUUGGCUGAUCCAGACUCGGAUCCACCAGGUGUCGAGCCUAGUCUCCAGUCACUCGUCGACGAAGUCAGGAUUGUCAUGCAGGAAGAAUCUUUUAUCAUCAAAAGGGCAUUCCCGUAUUACGAGACUGUUCUGGUCAAAUUUAUUCAAAGAGUUUUCCAACAGUCGGUCCAGCAACGUUUGGAAAACGUCCUAGAGAAGGCUGACACCAUCUCGUCACUUGCUUUCCUUCGUUCUCUCCAUGCUUCAAGGAAUUAUAUCAGUGCGCUGAUAGAAGAUCUCAAGUCGCAUGGUCUGACAGAACAUCCUGAACCCUGUUCUGCGCAGAUAUCCCAGAAUCUCGAUCAGCAGAUGGAAGAGCUGUUCGUUCCAUACAUGGUUGGGAACGCGUAUAUUGAGCGUGAAAAGAGGAGCUUGGAAGAGUUGUACAACUCGCUGCUCUUCAAAUACAACAUCUAUCAUUCCAGGAGGAAAAAGGCACCAACCGGUUUCAUGGCCUCUUUAGCCCAGCAAGGUUCGCAACUCAUGGCUUCUGCGAAGGAUGCUUAUCUAGAACGACUUGAGUCGUCUGAGCUUACUGCUACGCAGAAGGCCAUGAUGUUGAAGGUCGCCGGUGUUUCAGAGACAGACAAUAACAAGAAUGACAUUGAAGUCACAGAACAAGACGGUGUGCUGAGUACGGCCAACGCGAAAAGAAUGAUGACUUGGCUUGCUGAGAGUGUCCGUCGGACACUAGAACUGGGAAGCCAAAGCGAAACGCCAAAAGACGUGGCUAUCCUGCUUAACCUCUUAAUGACCAGCAUGGGCCAGGUAUAUGUUGAAACCGCGUUGGACGCCGCGUUGGAAAAGUCGACAGCCCAAGAGAACAUCAAAACGGAGCCCGACCUGAGCUACCUUCCUUCCGUUCGCCCAGCCGUCAUAAUUACUAGUAUCAUGCUGCGUUUCAUAACUACAGUCCUGAUUCGCUUGGCCGAGUCCAAUACCACGGUUCGCCGCAGCAUGGAAGCGCAGACGAAGAUGGGCAUCGAAUCCAUCGAGAAGAAAACAAAUAACGUCAUGAAAUCCACCAUCGAUGUCAUCGUAAACUGGGUCGCCAAAUCUCUGGCCGGGCAGAAGAAGAUCGACUUUGCGCCCAAAGACGACUCGGUGCUCGAACUGAAUCAGACGGCGACUUGCACUGCCAUCUGCCUCUUCCUGUCGCGCGCCGCAACCCUCACAUCGCAAACCAUCGAUGGCGCCAACCUCGAGGCGUUCGGGGGCGAACUUGCGCUCGCCAUCCAACGACUCCUAUUCGACCACUACAAGAAGUUCAAGAUCAACGCCGCAGGCGGCCUCAUGGUCACCAAGGAUAUUGCCAAGUACGUGGCCACGCUCAAGCAGUGGUCGCUGAGCAAGGAUAUGGAGGCCACCGUAGACAUGUUGACCGAAAUUGGAUACCUAUUCAUCAUUGGACCCGAGGCUCUGCGCGAACGCGGGAGGAACUUGGCUACCGGCCCCAGCGUGGCGAGCAAGAGGCUGGUCAAGGCAGACUUCAAGACGUUUGUGCAAAAUCGCGAGGAUUCGCGGAGUGUGGGCAUUCAGAGCGUGCUUUCUAGUCUGUAACGAAAACGCGUGGCAAAAUGGCGGUUGAUGAUGGAUGGAUGGAUGGAUGGACGGGCGUUGGGGUUCGGCAAGGAGGCAGGACGCACAAUGUUGGGUUGGGCUGUAUGUAUUUAUG